AUGUCAUCUCCUUUUCUAUCGCUGGAUGAGCGAGUGGACUUGGUCUGUCGAGGCCUACAAGAGAUCAUUGGUGACGUUCAAGUGAAGAAUCAAGCGUUGAUCAAGAAUGACAUCAAGAAAGAUUCCAUGAAAAGGAUCACGGCAGAGCGUCCCCUUCGUGUCUAUUGGGGAACCGCACCGACGGGAGCUCCACACAUUGGAUACUUUGUGCCAAUGCUCAAGAUUGCAGACUUUUUACAGGCAGGAUGUGACGUUACCGUUCUGUUGGCAGAUCUACAUGCAUCGCUGGAUGCGCUCAAGUCCAUGUUGGAAGCCAUCGGAGUCUCUACGAAGCAACUACGAUUUGUUCGCGGUACGGACUUUCAGCUGAGCCCGGAUUACACAUUGGAUCUCUAUAAGCUCAUGGCCGAAACUUCCUUUCGAAAUGCCGCCAGAGCUGGCGCGGAGGUGGUGAAGCAAGGGGCAGCAGAAACAGACUGCUUGCUAUCUGGUUUGGCGUACCGGUACCCAUUGUUACAGGCACUGGACGAAGUGUACUUGGGUGUCGAUGUCCAAUUUGGUGGAAUCGAUCAACGAAAGAUCUUUAUCUUGAAGAAGAUUGAUCCCAACAAAAAGCAAGACAAACUGAACUACAGCAAUAUGCAGGACAUCCCAGAUGAGAGACCCGAGGGGAUGUCCAAGAAUGCACGGAAAAAGCUACAGAAACUACAGAAAGCAAAGUUGAAAGAAAUGACAAAGAAAGCAAAGUCAGGAGCCACAACCAUGACUGAGCAGCCCAGUGCCACAACGCCAACAGAGGAGACCCCUACGAUCAAACACCCUGCAUCAGCGGCAGGACAGGGAGGCAAACUCAAUUCUGGUGGCAAUAAGACGAGUGACAAGAGCUAUCACAGACGUGUGCACUUGUGCAAUCCCAUGGUUCCCAGUCUGGGUGGAGGCAAGAUGUCAAGUUCUGGAAAAGACAAGAUAUACAUUCUUGCCUCUCCUGCGCAAGUCAAAAAGCUGGUAGGGAAAGCAUUCUGCGUGGAUGAAGUGGUGGAGGGAAUUGGUUUGCUGGCAUUUUGUGAGUUUGUGCUGAUACCGUGGCGUCAGGGGCUUGUCCAACCUGGGGAACCUGUUUUUGAUAUCCCUUCGGAUGGUGACGGCUCCACCGUGUCCUUCUAUUCGUUUCAUGAGCUGAAGACUGCUUUCUUUGGAAACAAAGAUCAAUUCACAAAUGCUCAAGAAAGGUGUGACUAA